AUGAAAGAAACGGAAGCGGCGGUGUCAACCGGGGAGGACUCUGUGGCAGCCACCUCCUCGCCGUCUCCUCCUCCGCCGCCGCCGCCGCCGUCGGCUGCCUCUAGGCCUCAGGCCGCCUCCCAGACGCGGCCAAUGGAGGCGCCGACGGGCCUGCACAGGCUGCGGGGCCCGUCGCCCAUCGUGUGGGCCAUGCGCACCCGCGUCGCCCCGCCGCCGCGGCUCGCCGAGCCGAUCCCCCGCCCCGUCUACCCUCCCCCUCCCCCGCCGCGGGCGCCGCUGCCGCCUCCGGCGGAGAAGAGGCGCCGCGGGCGCCCCCGCAAGGUCGCCUGCCUGCCGCCAACGCCGGGGCUCGGGCCGCCGCCGGGGUUCGCGCCCUCGCCGGCUGCGCGGCCGAAUCCGGCGCCGACCGCCCACGGGCAAGGGGACUUGGGCGGGCUCCAGCCGCACGUGCUCACCGUUGCUGCGGGAGAGGAUAUCAUAUCAAGGGUCAUGGCGGUCUCACAGCUGAAUUCGAAGGCCAUCUGCAUUCUUUCAGCUCUUGGGUCUGUUAGGGAAGCAGUUCUACUCCAGCCAUCUGGUGUCAUUCUAAAUCACAAGGGUCCUUUAGAAAUCAUCCGGCUUUCUGGAUCCAUUUUGACAUCUAAUGACCAUCGAUCUCUGCGUAUUACCCUUGCUUCUGUCAAUAGUUUUGUGAUCAGUGGCAUUAUAGCUGGACCUCUCAUAGCUGAAACUCCUGUCCAGGCAAUUCUUGGAAGCUUUCACAACAGUGCAUUCUUGCCAAACAACGCACCUAGGGCAGACAUUGUCAUGUGGGGCACGUCUUACAGACGUGGGCCGCGCGGCCAGGAGCAGCCGACGGCCGCAUCAGGCAAGGCGCAGGCUGGACAGGAGUCCUGAUCCGGGCACAUUAGUUCCUAGACUAGUUUAUUUCGUAUAGGUUUCUAGUUUGUUAUUAGCCCAUGGGGCCUUUAUAUAUCAGAUAGUUAGCACCCUUUAGGGAUAAGCAAUAAAGUUAUUUCCUUCUAUCUUCCCCUCCCGCAUCAUAGAGCAGCCAGGC